UGGGCGAUUUCAUACAAGUCUAAUGAACUCCGAACUAAAGACUAAGGUAGAAUCUGCUUGCCGCACGGCGGAGGAGUUUACGCGCCUGUACUACGCCUCUCUGGACAAUCGCCGGCAUCAAUUGGGUCGCUUAUACAUAGACAGCGCUACAUUAAGCUGGAAUGGAAAUGGCGCGAAAGGACGCGAAAUCAUAGAGCGAUUCUUUCUUGAGUUGCCGCAAUCGCAGCAUCAGAUGACUACAUUGGAUGCACAGCCUAUUUUAGACGGCGCUGUGGGCUCUCAGACAACAUAUCUCAUUAUGACUGGAGGCACUGUGAAAUUCCUUGACCAGCCAGUACGGAACUUUCAACAAAAUUUCGUUGUUACAGCCGAGAAUGACAAAUGGAAGAUAGCAUCGGAUUGUUAUCGCCUGCAGGAGCCUAUGUGAAAAAUUAACACUACAAAUAUUGCUGAAAAAACUUAAAUAUAUUCUUAUUUAAAG